UGCGUAUGGUGUUUUUAUAGGAGGAGUUGCCCUAAUGCCCCAAAACGGUUCACAGCGCCGUCUCCAGCAGAAGCAAUCGUUGUUACUGAGAGAAAGAAAUCGGCGAUCCAACUUUCUCACUGUUCUCAUCAGAUAUUUGAUCUGUUUGUAUAAAUGAGGGGAAGGAGUUACACCCCUUCGCCACCAAGGGGCUAUGGAAGAAGAGGGAGGAGUCCUAGCCCAAGGGGUCGCUAUGGUGGUCGCAGCAGAGAUCUUCCGACUAGUCUUUUAGUUCGCAACCUUCGACGUGAUUGUAGGCAAGAAGACCUCCGGAGACCAUUUGGGCAAUUUGGCGCUCUUAAGGACAUUUACCUUCCAAGAGAUUAUUAUACUGGGGAGCCAAGGGGCUUUGGUUUUGUCCAAUAUGUAGAUCCUGCUGAUGCUGCCGAAGCUAAAUAUCAUAUGGAUGGCCAAAUUCUUCAAGGGCGCCAGUUGACUGUUGUAUUUGCGGAAGAGAAUAGGAAGAAGCCAUCUGAUAUGAGGGCUAGGGAGCGUGGUGGGGGGAGGGAUCGACUUUAUGACAGAAGACGUUCUCCGCCUCGGUAUUCUCGCUCACCUAGGUACUCUCGAUCUCCACCUCCACGCUAUGCAAGAUCGCGAUCCCGCAGCCGUGACUAUGACUCACCACCUAAGCCAAGACAAAUCUCAAGGUCUGUUUCACCUCAGGAGAAAAGGUAUAGCCGAGACAGGUCAUACUCGCGGCGCAGUCGAGAGAGGUCAUACUCAAGGUCUCCUGCUGUUUAUAAUGGAUCCAGGAGCCGCAGUCGAAGUCCGGUGAGGGAGCAUUCUCCACCCUAUAACGGUUCAAGGAGCCGCAGUCAAAGUCCGAUAAGGGAGCGUUCUCCUGUGAGGAGCAGGAGCCCCAGUCGUAGCAGAAGCCCAAAUCCUGUAGAUUACUCGAGGGAGCCGAGGGAUGAAUCUCCUAGUCAGUGAGACUACUAAACUGAGAUUAUUCCCUGCUAAUAUCAGAUUUAGUUUUAAAAAAACAAAAUUUGUUUGACCGACUGAGGUGCUGUAGUAGUAUUUGAUUGGAUUUGAAGUUGGAUGUUGGUUCUGUUUGGAUGCUAUGAAUCUUUGUGGUUGGACAUUUUCUUGUAUUCUGGUUGGACCAUAUUAAUGUUUUUAGUGAUAGUGUUUCAUAACUACAA